AUGAAGACCUCUACAUCCAUUCAGCUCGCCGCCGCUGGCUUGCUUUCUCUGGCUUCUGUGGCCGUUGCCGUCCCGUACUGCGCCAUCACCUGUUUCCAGGAUGUUAUCACUGAGCACCCUCCCCUGGAUUGCACUGAGGCGAACAUGUACCUUUGCUUCUGUAAGAUGCCAUCGCUUCAGAACUACUUCCUUGAGUGCGUCUACUCCGACUGUGGAAGUGAUGCCGAUGCCGAGGAGGCUGUCCAGUUCGGCGUAGAUACUUGCGCUGGCCUUGGUGUUACCAUUACCGUCCCAUCUGGUCCCCCAACAAGCCCAACUAGUUCAGCUCCUGUUGUGGAGCCAACAACUACUGCUCCUGUUGAGCCUACCACUACCGCCCCUCCUGCUGAAGAGACCACCAGCGCUCCUGUAGAGCAGUCUACCAGCGCAGCCGCCCCCGAGACCAGCGAACCCGCAGCAACGGAGAGCGCCGCUCCUUCUACUCUGUCUACCAGCACCUCGGCAGAGAGCGGCUUUGCGAGCCCAACUGGCACCACUACUCAGUCUGGAUCUGCCACUCCUAGCUCCACUUUGGUUGUUGUCAACAACGCCAAUGCUAUGAGCGCGGCAUCCCGCCUCAUCGCCGCUGCUGGAGUUGCCGUUGCCAUCUUCCAGCUUCUCUAG